ACGAAACCUCGCCCUAGAAAUGAAGGCUCAGCAAGCCCCGAUAAACAACUAAUGAGGGGUAUUUUCGUCUUUUCGCUUGGGGACACGAAAAGUUGAGUUACCAAAAUACCCUCAGUUGUUCCCUUAUAUAAUAGAGAUACAAAGAUGUUAACAAUACAAAGAUGCUAACGUAAAGUAACGUAAGAAAUCAAUGUCAUAUAUCAAUACUACCACUAACUUGCAUUCUUCAAUUCGAAGCACUAAUACCACUUAACGUAUGAAAUCAAUUCCAAGCACUAAUUAGGAAAUCAAUUCCAAGUAAUAUCUCAACAGAUUAAGAGCCAUAGAUCUGCAUCUAGUAUGAACUUAAACUGAGUAUGGGUGGCCACCAGUUCCAUGGAUCUUGAAAAAUGCUCCAUACACAAGGUAAAGAGGAGAGAAGAAAGAGGGUCCCCCUGUCUCAACCCUCCCCUCUUCUAGGUUGAAUAAGAGGAGAUGGAAGUCCAUUGAUCAGAAUUGAGUAUUGAGUUGUUGAAAGACAUGUCAUGACUAAGUGAACAAAAGAAGCAGGAAAACCUAACUCAAGCAUGACUUUCUUAAUAAAUUUCCAAUCUACAGUGUCAUAUGCCUUCCUCAAAUCUAGUUUCAUCAUGCAACUUGGUCUGACUUGCCCCCUAUUAUACUGUUUAAUGAUGUCUUGUUUAAUGAUGUCUUGACAGAGUAAUGUGGAGAAUAGACCUGCCAGCAAAAAAUGCCCCCUGAGUAGGGGAGAUAAUGUCGGGUUGAUAGAGUUUCUUGCACAUGAGUUUGGAGAUACAUUUGUAGUGAACUGAACAACAUGCUAUUGGUCUAAAAUCAUGAUAUUGGUCUAAAAUCACCGAUAGAAGCUAGCACAGUGAUUUUGGGAACAAGAGAAAUAGAUGUAACAUUGAUCUCUCUCAAAAUCCAUUUGUAGUGAACUGAACAACAUGCUAUUGGUCUAAAAUCCUAUUGGUCUAAAAUCACCGAUAGAAGCUAGCACAGUGAUUUUUGGAACAAGAGAUAUAGAUGUAACAUUGAUCUCUCUCAAAAUCCUUCAUGUCAAAAAGAAAUCAGCAAUGGCUAAGCAGAAAUCCUUUUUGAUGAUGGGUCAAGAAGCUUUAAAGAACAUACUAUUAAAGCCAUCAAGCUCAGGGGCUUUGGUUACUGGAAUUGCAUCCAAAACACUCUUAAUAUCUUUCUCUUGAAAAUUGCACUGAAGCAUAUCUCUGUGGACAUCAGUAAGCGUAGGGCCUUGGUCCACAAUGACAGUUUUUACAGAAGAUCUACCCACCAUAGUUUCACAGAAAAGAGAAGAGUAGAAUUGAGUGAAAGCCUCUUGCACACCUUUUGUGGAUUGAAUCCACUCACCAGAAACAUUGUGAAUAGAAUUAAUUCUAUUUUUCUUCCUUUUAUGCUUCAUACUCAUGUGAAACAGUUUGGAAUUUCAUCACCAAGCUCUAACCACUGUAUUUUAGCAGUUUGGUUUAGGAAGGAAAGAUAGUUGGUAUGAGCCUCUUUAUAUUUCUCACUAGCAAUCUUUUUAGCUGUAGCUAGUUCACUAUUAGUAGGGUCAUCAUGAAGCUUCUUUCGAGCCAAUAACAAAUCAUGGUGGUAUUUGAAGUUAGUAGACUCCACUGAAGUAAAACCAGUUCCGUUGUUCGCGAUCCACGUAUACCUUUAUAAGACUUUAAACAUGUGGCAACCAUGGACGGACUUGCCCCAAUUGUGUUGGACAGUGGUAGAAACCCAUCAGCAUUGGUCCACAUGUUGUAGACCUAAAAGGUUUCUUGUGUUGGGAGGUCUUGUAACAGCUCAAAAUCAUGGGGCAAUGAUCAUAGUGACCUUCGGGAAGAAAAGUAGCUUCUGCAGUUGGGAAAGCAUCCUCCCAAAGAGAGUUAGCUAAAACCCUAUCAAUUCUUGAGAACACUCUGUUUGUACCAUCUUGUCCUUGUUUUUUAGUCCAGAUAAACUGUCUACCAACAGUCUUAACUUCCGUAACUUAGACGCAGUCAUAUCGUUCCUCAUAGGCUGGAUUUCAGAGAACCUAACAGGGGCCUCAAUUCUAUCUUCCAUAGCCAUUAUAGAAUUAAAAUCCCCCAUUAUUUACCAAGGGCCAUUGAUUCUACGAGCUAGAGUAGCAAGAUCUUCCCACAACAACAAUCUUUCCUUCUUAUCAGUCAUGCCAUAUAUGAAUGUCCCAAAGAACUUUAGGUCAAAGGAGCAAUGUGAUAGUGAAUGAGUUGGGAACUCAUACAUCUGAUAUCAACCUCAAAAGCAUCUUGAUCCCAACCUAGAACAAUUCUUCCACUUGUAUUGUGACAAAGAUUGGUGGUAAAGCACCAACCUGGACACCGUAAGGUAAAAGUGUUCCCAUGUUGGAAACCUUUACCUUUUUCUCAACGAGACUAAACAAUUUUAUCCGGUGAGAAAGUAGAAUUGUCCUCACUUCCUAUUCUUUUGUUUCUCUUGUUCAGUCCUCUCACAUUCCAGCAAGCUAUAUUAUCCAUUAGACACAGGGGACUCCAACCUCUUGUCUAAUGAACCAACAUCAUCAAAACCAUCACCCUUUGGUGACAAGGAAGCCACUAUAUCAUCAUCCUCAUUUAGAAUCUGGAAGUUGUUCCUUGUUUGAAUUUGCCUCAGUUCCUGGCACUUCUGCUUACUGAAACCAGUAGCUAGCACAAACCCCUCUUCAUCAGGUGGGUUGGGGGCAUGAGUCUGUGGGCCAGUAACAGGAGCAACAACAACAAUAGAUGGUUUCAUCACCCUUGCCUUUUUGUAUCUAGUUUUCUUUUUGUUAUGAGUGCAGGUACCAACAUUGUGUCAUUGGACACAACGCAAGUUAAGGGAAGCCUGUUGAUCCACCACCACACCCUUCUUAUUCUAAAACUGGAUAGUAGUGGGAAAUUGCUGAUCCAUAUGCACAUCAACCAACACCUUGUCACACAUCAACUUAUCCCUCUUCAAGGUGGCUUGAUCAACGUUGAUUGGUUUGCCAAUCUUUCCUGCUAUCUUGUAGAGGCUCUUCUCCCCCCAAUACUCUAAACUAGGGAGUUUGAUCCAAAUGGGGUGGGUUUUGAUAGCUUCUUUAGCAAAGUUCACAUCAGGGGAUCAGGGUUUAAUAAUGAGGUGCUUGAAUGAAAAAAUUGAGGACUACCCUGCAGAACCUUCUCAUUGUUCUCCAUUAUCAAGAAACGAACCAAAUAGACCCCCUUCCCAAUCAGAGAAACCUUAUCUACCCCAAGCUUCCCCCAAAUGCGAUGAACAUAACCAUCAAUAACAUGUUGGGGUGGGUUUGCACCAAUGAUAUAACACACGAUAGAAGAUUGCCAAUUGUUCACCUCAUCAACAAUGUUGUCUAGUUCAAUCUAGACAGGGGGGACUAUUAAUGACAUUACUAGCAAUUCUCACAUCAGGAUGAACAUAAUGCAUUUCAAAAUGAUUCACAAUAUUAGCAAUCGAAGGGUGAUCAACAUUCAAACAACUCCCGCCAGAAUAUUGAAAGUGGGUUCGAACAUCCUUGCCCUGGCUGAGACCUUUGAUCCGGGCAUUAAAGUCAUUUCCUACAUUCAUUCGGUGUUGCAAUUCCCUCAAUGAAGAUUUCGGGGUGAGAAUCUGGUCCUCAAUCAGAAAUUCAUCAUCUAGUACAACAUUGGGGGACAAGGUAAUGGCAAUUGAAACCCUAAAAUGAACAAAGGAGCUAGCAGCAGAAGGUCAGAAGCAUUUAGAAGAGACAGUUGAGGCCGCAUUUCGGAUCUUAUAUGCAAUGAAUGAUGAGCUCUGCAGCCCAACCUUGUGGUCUACAACUACCUCUUAUCCUUCUGUCAUUCCUGGUACUAGUACUCCCAUUACUAUCACCGGUAAUGGGCAUAGUGAGGGUUCAAAUGGUGAUGUUUCAUUAGAUUCAACCCACCAAUUUUAUAUGGGUGGUGGCACUCUUGAACAAGCUCGUCUUCGUUAUAAAUCUUCUGUGGCUUCUCUUCGUGUUGUUCUCAAUGCCAUGCUUCAGAACCACAAGGAAGAUGUGGAUGGUUCUGUCUCGAAGGAAGAUGAAGCUGAAAUCGAAAAGUUAGAAGAUCAAGUAUCUAGUUUGAGGAUGCAUAUGGAUCUUGUACAUAAGAACAAGCACCUCAAGCAUCUCAUCGAUCAGUUACGAGAUCUUAUUACAGAUAUAUCAACUUGGCAAAGUCCUUGUUCUGUUGCAAGAUAGCUGGUUUUGAAGCAAAAUGCAUCAGCAAGUUCCGUACUUGUUUUUGUCAAAAGGGAGCUUCCAUCACAAUCUUUGCAAUAGUUAGAGGAAAUUGACUACUCCUGUCAACUUCGAAACAUUUAUUGACAGGAAUUGUGAAUGUUGCAACUCAUAUUGUUAUGUUUUGUCAGCAAUAAUUUUGAUUGAAGAAACCCCUUGUCAUGUACUAGGAGUAAACCAAAC